AUGGCCCUUCCGAAAUAUCCAUUAGAACUAGCGUUCCCACCUCAUCGGAAAGAGUCGGCACAGGGCUCAAACCACAACCUCCCGCUGAAGCCCACGUCCAAUACCCAUCCUUGGAACUUGGUCUACAAUUCUGCAAUUGAAGAUCCCCAGACGCUCGCAAAGUGGGACGAGCUCUUCGCCGUGCUAGAUAGUUGCUAUGGGAUGGCUUUGGCGAAAAAAGAGCCGCUUGAAGCGGUGAAAACGGCUGUCGUAGAGCUGUAUUCGGCGCUCCUAUCGCUCUUUCCUCUUAUGGCCGGUUAUUGGCGUCUGUUUGCGGCCGUGAAACUUAAAAUGUUUGGACAGAAGGAAUUUGUAGACUGCUUAAAGUGUGCCGUGACCGCUUGUCCGCAAAGCGUGUCGUUAUGGGUCGAAUACUUGCAGGCUUUGGUAGAUGAUUUAGACGUGCAAAAGGGAAAAGUAGAAGACUCAAGUCAUGAAAUAGAGAAGACCACGACUGAGAACUCCUCUAAAAACCAAUCUGCUGAAAAUGGAGAACCAUCUACCAUUGAUUCUGCCAGUUCAAACUCUCAAGAAUCCGUUGAUCCCAACAAGAUCGAAAGUAUACGGCUGGAGUUCCAACGUGGCGCAUCCGUCAUUGGUAGAAAUUUUAAUUCCGAAACAUUUUGGGAUUCUUACAUUGCGUUUGAGUCAUCCAUAUCAGACCUGUCAGAGCAUCUAAUAAAGGUGUAUUUGCAACUAGUGACUCUACCUCUCUACCUGUACUCGCAUUUCUAUAACAAAUUCUUGGAUACAGCCAAAAAAUAUCGCAUCGAUGAAAUAAUCACAGACUCGGAGCUCCUUGCGACCAAAAUUGCUCCUUUCGGGAAGUCCCUGGCGGACGAACUCUCUUCUGAAGAGUCCCAGCAAAUCCUCGAUGCCUUCACAUAUGACAUUUUCACCGAAACACAGAGAAAAGUGAAUGACUGCUGGAAGUUCGAGUCUGAACUCCAACUCCAUUCCUUUGUUCCCACGCUGUCUUCGGCUUAUGAUGCACAGUUCGAGGUGUACUUGAAGUACUUGGAUCACGAAAUGCAAAUACUUGAGACGGCCACCCCGGACGAAAAGGAAUCUCAAGUCGCUCAGAUCUUAAAUAUAUUUGAGCGUGCUUUGAUUCCACACUGCCACGAGCCACAGCUAUGGCGGAAGUACAUCGCAUUUCUUAUCACAGUUGGCUCAGAAUUUGAAAAGGUCCAAUCGUUGUAUGAUGCUGCUAUCUUCAAGUUUGCACCCAUUGCAGAUUAUCAAUUGAGAGAUGAAUAUGCCGAAUUUUUGAUGAACAAUGCUAAAUUUGACUUGAUGAACAUAGAUAUGAUAAGAUCUAUCAAGCAGUAUUCUGGCACAUUGGACAAAUCAAUAUAUGUGAAAUCGGCAUAUUUGCAUGACAUAAAGACUUUAAUCAGGCUUUGGGUUCAACAUGUCCCAGCUGCCUCUUCUGAACCUCUCCUUGAAACUCUUAUCAACAAUUACUUUGACCGGGUUGACCGGUAUAAGAAGGAUUCACUGUCGAAGAAUGAAAUCCAAAAUAAAGAAGAAUACUCUUUAAAGCCUGAACAUAGCAUGUCGCUACAAAAACUAUUGAACGAUGACAGCAUCUCACUGAUUAUAGUCUCCUACCUUCAAUUGAUACGAGUAAGCGACGAAAACGUGUUACGAAUUCGUAAGUUCUACAACAAAUACCACCAAGAGAGUGCUCUAGCUCGGUCAGUACAGUUUUGGAACUUCUUUGUCAGGUUCGAGGGUCAAGAUAUGAAGAAUUUUGUCAAUUUAGGACACAUUGUCAACUACUUAAAAGAAAACACAGCUCUUCCUAAACAGUCUGUUGACGCUUUUAUUGAAUUGCAACAUGCUUUUGUUUGUUGCAAUCUUACAAAGGCGAUGUCGUCUCCUGAGAGUAAACAUCUCUUGUCACCAUUGAUUAACACUCACAGAGAUACUUCGGAGGAUUUGUUUGUCAACAGUUCUGCAAGAAAGCGACUCUCGAAAAACCAUGUAGAGUCCAGAAACAAUCUGACGGCGCAGAAGGGAAGUAUAUUCUCACAGACUCUCAAGAAACAACUUGGGCACCCCGGAGUCGUUAGGGAAUAUAGUCCUGAAAUCACAAAUUCAUGGAUCGAGAGAGACUGGAUCCUGCUCUCAGAUGUGGACAAAAUCCCGCCGCUUCCUACGUUUAGACUCGUUGACAAGGCUAAUUCGCCUUUAAUUUAUCAUGAUUAG